UGUCAUUCCUAGUAACAUUUACUUUUUAGCUUUAAAAAACCCCAACAAGCACACAUGGCUGUAAUGUUUAACUUGCUGAAGUGUUUUGGUUGAGUACAUCCUGAAAUUCCUUAAAGCUUGUCUGUGUGUGCACGUGUUUCUAGAAGGUUCAGUCAGAAGGACCACAGGAACAUUCUUAGUGGGCUUUUAGGAAAUGAAGCUAUGCUUGGAUAGUACUCUCAACCUGUCUUGCUGGAGAACAAUCUUCAUAUCUAACUGUAGUUCUUUGUUCUCCUUUUGUGAUUUGUCUCCAUAUUUUGUUGAGAACUAUUAAAUCAUAGAUUUGCUUGUUCAGAAGGGUUUGGUACAGAAAUGUCUGUCUCUACAGGGAAGUACUGCACACAGUUUGGUUAGCAAACAGUGUGAAAGUAUUAUAGUAGGAAGAACUUGUCUUGCAAGCAUCUUGUAUUGUCCUUUUAUGCCUGUCAGGAUCAGUGAGGGUCUUUGAGCAGAUAGUGACUGUCUUCUGUUACAUGAUUGUUCUGUUUCUGUUCUUCAUUCAUAAAAUUACAGCUUUGCAGAAAAUGGUAUGUCAUGCUGGUACACUUGCCUGUCUAAAACUGCUAGCUGAUAGACUUCGUUUAGGAACCAUUCCCCAUAGUUAAAAAUGCAAAAUUGGCAGGCUUGACUUUAUACUGGAUUAAUGUGGGGAUAGGGUUUUCUCCAGGUUCCUUUGCUAAAAGGAAUUUGGUCUUGAUGAUCUGCUGUUUCUGGCACAUUCUGUGACUCUUCUGGGAGUUGUCUCUGGAAAGAUCCAAGUCCUUUUGUCUUCCUCUCUGCUUAAAAUUCAGACUCCUUAAUUCUACAUGUUUAAUUAGGGCAUUCAUUGCAUUUUGCGUACAUGAAUUAACUUUUUUUAGUGGGAAGAUCCGUUCCUGUAGAACUACACUUUGGAAUACAUGGUUUUCUUGAAAAGAGGCAGUUUACUGGAGACAGAUCUUUCAUUAUGGCAUGCUACCUCAUUUUGUAAUGCCUGCCUUAUACUGCAGAGAGCUUGAGAAGAUGAUGUUCCAAGAUGCAAAUAUUCUCUCGGUGGAUAGGUGAUAGUUAUUUUCAGCUGUCCCAUGGCUAUGUAUGUCAGCAGAAGCCUUCAGCAACCAUGCUUGCACAAACUGCCAAAGCAGCUACUUCCUGUCUGUGCUCCAAAGCCCUGUGCUUUCUUCUCAUCUACUCACAUGAUGUGGAGACUUACGUAGAGCUCUUCUGAAAGAAAAAAGGAGUGUGCUGCUUUUAGAUAAAUUCCAUUUUGAACCAAUUUUAAUCACUUGUUUCAGUCCUGAAGCAAAACAGUGUAAUUUACAAGCUUCGAGGAAUUCAGUUCUUACCAGGUGUACAUGAGCUUGAUUUUGAUGAUCUUUCUUUAGUAUUCAAACUCUUCUGCUUUGAUGGUGUUCUUUCAGAAGUCUUAAGCUAUUUUGCACACUGCAAGUACAUGCAGAAAUCACAUUUCUUGCUCUGUUAGAACCUUCCAGUGAUUCCUCAGAACUGUUCCUGUGCUGUCCAUUAUUUUCUUCCCCUCCCAGUCAGCAUAAUCUGUUUCGUAUAUCUUUUCAUGUGUAUUUUUCCUGUUUCCUCUCACCGGGUUGUAAUUAAGCUGUUGUCAGAUCUGAUUUCUUGAGCAGGAAUUUGGCUUUUCUGUUACACCCUGAAUAAUUACUCCAUCCUUUUCUGUUUUAUAAUUCUUGCCUAAAGGAAGGAGUGAAUUUGAAACUCUUAAUUGACUUAGACAGUUGUCUUAAAAAUAAAUGUCUUUAAAAUGUAUUUGUAAAAACAUCCUAAUGUAUAAAUCUUAACUGUAAAGGGUAAAUACUAGAUCUUAUCAUAGGUAAUGUUUAGUUGAAGCACUAAUUUCUUUAUUUUUUUAAAACAGAAGGGGGAAAAGACUUGAACACAUUGAAGUUGACAUAACUUUGCUUAAUGCAAUAAAAUUUAUUAUUUACAAAUAAUGCCCACAAAAGAGUGCAUCUGUGAAUAAAGCCACGUCUUACCUGAAAUUAAUCUCUAGAUGUGAGAAACCUGUUGGGACAGCCUUUUUUUUGCUAAAAAUACCUAAUCCUACAUGAGUUGUGCUUCUACUGCUGCACUUACUGAACAUCUGAUAAUGGUAAAAGCAGAUUUAGGAGUGUCCAGAGUACGUAGUUACUUUUAAAGAUUGGUCAGGCAGUCCAUCUUUAUGGACCUCAGAUGUCAAAAAGGGCACGUCUGCUUUUUCCUCUAGCGUAAAAGUUACAAGAGAUGUGUCUUUGAGAAUAAAAUCCUGCUUUAAUGAACUUCAAAGCAUAGAACUUGAGGUUUGGUUUGCUCAGAACCUCAUUUUGUCCAUUCAGCUCCCUCUGUUGGAGUGAAUUCCCUUCAGUAGCAGUAAGGGUUUUCAGUUUAAACCUCAGACUGUGAAAGAUUUCACUGUGGGAAAACUUCUUAAGUGUAUUGGUGUCUUACAUGUGUUUGCUGAUCCAUGGGUGUUUUACAUGUUGUUAGUGUCCUUCAAUGUCAUAUUUAAGAAAUCCAAGGUUUCAAUAGACAAGAAAUUGCUGAGGUCAUGGGUUUGGCCAUGGACUGUCUUUUAUUGCUGUGGUCUUUUAAUAGAUGGAGCAACAAAUGAUUCAUUACAAAAAAAUGAAGAGAAAAACUUUGUAAAUUGGGAUGUUUCAAACUGUUGCCUUAAAACUUCAGACAUAGUUGUGAGUGGUUUCUGUCUGCUCAUACAGAGUGUCAAUAUGUUACUGGUGUUGAAACUAUUACAUUAUUACCCAGUUACCCUAUUUAUCAUGAGCAAAAUGCAAUGCUGGGAAAUAAGUACAGUAAAUACUGGAUUCUAAAGCUUGAAAAAUGGGAUAAUGCCUGACUGAUGUUACAGAAGGAAUGAAAUAUUUGUGUCAUCUAGCAAAAAAAAAAAAGGGUUAUUCAAUGGCUGCCAUAAAUGUACGAUCACUGUGUAAGUCUUGGUGGAAAAAGAGUAUAUUUUUGCCACAUUUAUUGAAAUUCCAGAGUAAAAAGUACCACAAUUCCUAAGUAAACAAAUGCUGUGAAAUCUUUUAAAGCAAAUAUAGAUUUCACAUGAAAAAGUGUACAGUUGCUCUUAGUGUUUUGGCCAUUACUGUGGCAUCUUUUUAAUGUAUGAAUAGCUUUUAGAACAAGGGCUGUUGUAGCAUGUUCUUAAUUAUCAUAAAUCAUCAGUUCUGUUUACUGCUUAUUAUUUUGCAAGGUCAAGAGAAGAGUUUUAAGAUUAAUGUAGUGGAGUUAUUUGCAGUUUUUGGUACAAUAAAACAUUGGUGAACCUAGUAGGGAAGUUUGCCGUUAAUUUGCUUCAAUUGCAUAUCGCAUUAGCAUCUUAAGGCAGAAGGCUAACCCAACUGAGAAGGACCUUUUAAAGACAACUAAUAUGUAAUUACAUUAUUUUUUUGAGAGGUGGGGAAGACUGAUGCCAGUAAUUAAAUUUGCUUAUAUUACGUUUCUAGCAAUAACUGUAAAAAUAAUUUUUACAAUCAUAUUUAUGGGAUUCCUACUGCACUCAUGGUAGUAUUUCUGAAUAAUUGAUUGUGACAAUAAUGGACAACCUUGUGGUGGGUUUACUCUUCAUGCUUUGGUACCAUUGUCAAGGCAUUAGAAUUAAAAAGUAGUCAAAUAUUUAUCUUCAAAUGCAUAAAUAGAUAUGAAGAUAGGCUAGUAUACCAAAGAGAACUAAAAAAAACCCAAACCAAAACACAAACCCACAAUAGCCCAAAAAACCCCACCAAACCAACCCCAAGAACUGUUUCUUCACUUAGUGUAGGGUAAAAGGAUCUUGCCAAAUAUUGAGAUCCUGUCUUAACUGAGGAUGAGUUGAAUGCUCGAAGCAAAGAUUUUCUGCAAACUUGAAUGUUCAGUUUCUGAUUCUGAAAAUAUGGAGAUCCUGUGAUUGAGUAGUAUUACAGCUACACGCGCUGCACAGUGCAAAGCCAAGUGAAUUACCAGAUCUCACCUUCCAUGUCUGUGUGCCGUUCCAUUUAUUCCUAUUUAAUUAUGUAGUCUUCAUUUAGAUAAUGAAGUCUGUAGAAGAAUAUAAAACAAGACACAUGGACAGUUGUGAAAGACUGAGGCUCAUUGCACUGGUUCCAUUGCUGUUUGCUAUAACUGGUUGUGUUGAAAUGAGAGUGGGGAAACUGGAAUGCUGAGACAAAGACCACUAGAUGGCCCCACCGAUUUUUGCUGUACUGUGGGUAAUUUCUGCAUCACUUAUAGUGAGAAUCUGCCCAGGAUUGUUAGGGGAACAAGACAGUGGUGGGGUUGGCUUUGAGACUAAAAUGAGGUUAAAGCUAUACACAGUCAGAAGAAUAAAUUAAUGUUUGAGUGCAGGUGCUCAAAAUCAUGAACAUUUUGAAACCUUUUUUUAUAUUAUCCUCUUCUAGAAUUAGCUUUGUUUUUUAAAAUUAUGUUCUUAACACUUAGUAAUUUCUUGUACUUGAUUUUUGCAUGUUAGGAAUGGUAUUUUACAUGAGAUUAUUUUCUUGGUAGAAAAGGUAAAGAUGAGGACACUUGCUUUGUAUUUAUCCAUGGUGAAGUCAUUUGAUCAGUUUGGUUUGUCACCCGUGGGCUUGGUUGUUGUUACUUGAGGAGUAAAGUUGAAAUAUGGAUCAGAAGUAGCAUGGUGGCCUUGCUAAAGGCAACUAAUGUAACCUGUCAGCAUUUUCAUCUGACUUCUGACAUGUCCUCUCCCACUAAACCAGUCAUUCCAUUUGCUCUUAAGUGCGUGUUUGCUGUUGCACUGUAUGUCUUUAAUGAACUGGAAAACUGUGUUAAUAUGGUGGAACAUUUUGUCUCCAGUCACCAUCUGUAUAUAGGAGAUCAGUUUUCCAUGCCUGUUAUGUUGAUUUUGAUGGGUCUAUAUCUUUGGAGAAAGGAAUGUACAGUAGUUUAAAAAUAUGGCUUAUUAUAAUGAACUUUGUUUUUCACUAAGCAGUGUCAGCUUUAGUAGAUGAAUCAGUCCAGUAAAAAUGGUUGCCAGAGCAAGUAUCUCAGAUUUCCCGUUAUUGAUUUCUCUAGUGUUUUAACACUAUGGAGAAAUUUCAAAUGGAAUUCACAGAACCUGAAAUGGUUCUUGAACUUCUAAUAAUUCCUCCUCUCUUUUUAUAGUUUUGGUUAAAGUUUGUAUUUUUGACUCUUGAACUGAUGAUUUGACAUUAUUUAUUUUCCAUAAAAGUAGAUUUCUGGAAUAUGUAAUAAGGAAUGAAGCAUCAGUUAUAUGUUUAAACUGUCUUCAAGGUAUGGUAGUUUUGAGUGUCUUAGUUUAAAAGAUAUGAUCUGUAUUCCAACAGCAUUUUUCUUUUAAUUUUCCAUAAAGAACCCAAUCAGAUGAAGAGUGUCAAAAGGAGUCUACGAAUGAGACACCAAGAUGGCAGUUCCACUGUUGAUUGAGAGGUUGUGGAAAUGGACUGUUGCAUGAGUGCUGUGAUAUGUCUGUCCAAGAAAAGGAUGUUAAAACAUGGACUCUCGUGUUACUAAACCAGAGAAGAUCUGGGUUGUGAUCAUCCUAUCAAAAUGGACUUUGCACUUGAAUUAAUCAGGGGACUGUGUCAGUGACUAUCCAAUGUUGGAUCUGUUUGAGGACUGGAGGCAAAAUUUUACUUUCAGGUUGUAUAUGCAUAACGGGCAAAUUCAUUUGGUAAGAGAUCUGUUGCUGCUACCUCUUUGCAGAAAAUGUAAUGUUUUUUUAAGUGACUUAAUAAAAGGUUUUUGUUUCGUUCACACUUUGUAUUUGUCCUUUCUAGCUGAAUAUUUUUUAUUGUGUUGAUACUGAGGUGAGUUUUGGUUUUGCUUGCUAUUAAAGUGAGAAAUACUUUAGAUGCUAAGCAAGGUAAAAUUUUUUGCUAUACUUGAUUUAAAAUGUCUCUUUCAUUUGCAAUUUGACUUCACUUUAACAUGACUUCCAAUGAAUUUUUAUUUGCUGGUUUAUUCAUUCAGGUGCUUAAUGCUUGGGGGUUUAAGUACUUGGCCUAUUGUCAGGAUACUUCAGCUGAAUUCUCUGAAGUUAUUUCAAGAUGGAAUUAAUAUCAGCUGAAGGCUGGGCAAAAUAUGACAAAGGAGGACUUGGAUGUUUUGUGUAAUUUUUUUAGGUAUGCUUCUUUGGUUGUGUAUGGGUACAGAAACUUUCCAACAGAUUUCCUGGACAACAUACUUCCUGAACAGUUUAUUCUGUCUUAAAAUUGUUCUGUACAAGUGUCCAGUCUGCUUCACCACUUUUUAAUGUAGGCUCAGCUGUGUGAUGACAUGUACUUGAUGAGAAAAACGUGGAGUUAUUUUUGAUAUUGCUACAAGUGACAUCUUAAUCUUUACAAAUGAAUUUUAAAAUGGUUCUAAUGUUCAAAACUCAAUUUCCUUUCAAGUUUCUUUGUGAAUCAAAUACUUAAACUGUAGCCACCUUCCUAUGUAUGUUUCACCUGAAAUGCACAGUUGUUUUUGUUUAUGCUGGAGGGCCAAGAGGACAGACCUGAUCUUAGGAUAACAUAGGUAUUUUCUUUUAAAAACAAAAUACAGACAGACCCCCAUUAUGUGUGUUUAACUAUUUGUCUUGCUCAGACUUUAUAAAUAUUCAUUUUUACCAUGAUGAAUUGUUAAAACUUGUUUAGUCCAGGUGUUUUGAUGCUUGCUCAAGUUUGGUUUUGCCAUGUGAUAUAUGGUGGAUUUGAAUACUGGGACUAACCUAAGGGAAUCCCCCUUCAGAUGAGUGGAUUUUCUUCGUGUUGCCCAAAAUUGCUUGGAAUAGUCUUGCAUUGUGUUUGUUGUAGUUCAGUGCAAGGGGUCUUCUGUGAAUAAUUGGUAAAUGGGAAUUCUUUCAAAUGGACUGUGGCAACAGUGUACCUACUCAAACCUCUUGAUGUGGAUAGAUGAUAGGUUGUUGGAGGAUGUGAAUGACAAGUGUGUGGAGGAGUUGAUGGGGUCUGUCUUGUUUCUACUGGUAGAAACCAUUAUUUUCAGACUCUUCGGGUUCUGUGCUAUGGAUGUCCCCAUAGAAGCCCUAACUAGCCCAUUACUCCCUUACUCCCCAGAAGUCCUCCAGUGUCUUAUGUCACUGUCUUGUUGUGGUGUUUACAAAUGUGCACAAUGUCCUUGGCAUUUUAAGGAGUCUGUUGCUUGUGGGAGGACAACUGGUAGUCAGAGUACAAGUGGUUAGGGGAUGCUUGGACCUCCUCCAUUUCCUCUGUAGUGCAUCCUCCCAGUAUUAGAAUGUUGUAUUUGGGAUGUUGCUUCAUUUGCAGUUCUACAGCUUGGCUGUGAUACGGCUUUAAAAUUAAUUUGUUGUGUUAAAAAUCUGUUAAUGAACAUUAAUGGGUUAAGAAUAUGAAUUUGGAACAAUCCUUUUAAUGGUGUCAGGCUUAUUUUACAGUAGUGCCUUUGCAUCACUGAUGAAAAUUGUGUAGCUGAUGGAUUUUUGUUGCUGGGGAAAACCACUAGGGAGGCGCUGUUGAGCUGGAGGGGCUUGUCACACUGAGGGGCUGUUGUGGGAGAGCUUGAUGCUCUUGUCCCAGCCUUUAAGUGCGAGUGUUGGGUGACAAAUGGAGGAGCUAUUCUCUGGGGGUACUGCCCCUGAACUGGAAAAAGCUACCCCCUUGGGUGGGGUGAGCCCCAAGGUGGGCUGUUGCUGGCUGUGUGGCUGUUAGCUCCAGUUCCAUUCUUUCAAAAUGGCUUGUAAGAGCGCCACUUCCUGUCCAGGGAGGAAGUAAUUUUAGCCCAGGCACUGAAAUAUUUAGCAAAUCUUUAAAACAAAAGGCACAAAUUCCAUUUCUUUCUGGUUUCAAAAGGGUGCCUGAGCCACAUGGGGUUAAGGUGCCCCUUCAGCUGGGGUAGUUGGAAGGAGCCAGGGCUGUAGGGGUAGCAGGCACCCUUUAGGUGGAGGCUAUCUCUUUUUUUGGUAGAAAUGAAGGGGUGGGUCUAUGGUACAUCACCUGAGUUGUGGGGUAAAUGUAGAGAGUGUCAAUCAAAGGCAGAGCUCAGAGCUGGGAAGGAGCUCUAGAUGGCGGCUGUGCCUUAGAGAGAGCGCGCUCAGCUCCGUGCCUUCCCCAACACUUUACGCAACUUUCCCUAACUUUCGGGCAGCCUCAGGGGGCCCCCACAGCCCCUUGCCUCUCCUAGGCACUAAUCGGGGGCCGAGCGGACCUUUUUCGGGCAGAAAAGCAGCUUUUGAGGGCUCCCUUUUCGUGCCUUGCUGGAAAGAAGAAGCCGUGGAGAGAGCCCAGGUCGUUGUUUUUCCAGCUUAGAAGCCAUGGCGUACCUCCAUUUUUGUGCGCUCUCCUAAUGAGCUUUUUCCCCCGGACAUUUUUCUACUAAUUAUCGCUUCUUUUGCUUUAUCGACAGCAUAUUUUUGGGGAUUAGAAUAUAUAUAUUUUUUUCAUUGUCUGAAAUUCGUAUUUUAUCCUUAUAACGAAAUAUUUUGGAUCUAAUGUUUUUCCACUACCCGAAACUAAUAUCGACUUGGUCCUGGCGGCGGUGCAUGGAUCAGGUAGGUGGGCAAAUAAUAAUAAUAAUUUUUAGAUUUCUGCCGUUUUCAGUACUUUGAUUUUCGACCGAUUUGAGCUGUAUUUGGGAUGACGCAAUAAGAUACAGAGAUUAUUUGCAUUCAGUGUUACUUUGGGAAAGUUUGCAGGAUGCUCCUCUGCUGUGUUUAUUCUCAGAUUUUUCUUCUAAAAACGAUUAUUUGUUUUAAAUGUCCGUUUUGCCGUGUUGAUCAGUGUUGUGUAUUGUUAUAACAAUAUCAUUGCAGCGUCAGGACUUUGUUCCUGAUAAUGAAAGCCAGUGAAACGAACUGGGACCUUACCUUUCUUUCAACUUUUGACAGUAAAUACCUGGGCACAGGACUUCAAAGCAAACAGACACCCCUGACCCCCUCUUAAUAUUUAAGAAUAAAAAGAUGAUGAGAAAUAAGGACAAAAGCCAAGGAGAGGAGGGUUCAGUCCACAGCAAUGCAUCGAGUCACUCGGCAUCCGAAGAAGCCUCUGGCUCUGAUUCUGCAAGCCAGUCUGAAAGCGAGCAGGGCAGCGAGCAGGGCAGCGAGUCAAACAGCAGCUCGGAGUCCUCUGAAAGUCAGUCUGAAUCCGAAAGUGAAUCAACGGGUUCCAAAUCCCAGCAGACCCCUCCUGAAACCAAAGAAAAACCGGCCUCUAAGAAGGAAAGAAUAGCAGAUGUUAAAAAGAUGUGGGAAGAGUAUCCUGAUGUUUAUGGGGUUAGGAGGUCAAACCGAAGCAGACAAGAACCGUCGCGAUUUAAUAUAAAAGAUGAGGCAAGUAGUGAAUCUGAAAAUGAGAGCCCAAAAAGAAGAGGCCAGAAGCAAAUGAAAAAAACAAAUAAAUGGAAAAGAGAGGUUUCUGGUGAAGAAGAUGAAGACGGAGGUGAGCAAGGCACCAGUGGAGAAAGUGAGCCUGAACCGAAGAAAAUUAAAGCAAGAAGACCUGUCCAAAGGAGAACAGGGACCAAAACCAGUGUUAAAAAGCCUCACAAAGGCCAGCGUGGGAAGAAGAGAAAGAAACCAGACUCAUCUGAAGAUGACGAUGAUGACGAAGAUGAUGAGACCCCCAAGAGACAAACUCGACGAAGAGCAGCCAAAAAUGUCAGUUACAAAGAAGAUGAUGAUUUUGAGACAGAUUCUGAUGACCUGAUAGAGAUGACUGGGGAAGGAGCAGAUGAACAACAAGACAACAGUGAAAUUAUUGAGAAAGUCUUGGACAUCAGGCUUGGAAAAAAAGGAGCCACUGGUGCUUCCACCACAGUGUAUGCAACUGAAGCCAAUGGCAACCCAAGCGCUGACUUUGAUCCUGAAAAGGAUGAGGGAGAAGUUCAGUACCUGAUCAAAUGGAAAGGCUGGUCAUACAUCCAUAGCACAUGGGAGAGUGAAGAGUCCCUGCAGCAGCAGAAAGUGAAAGGCUUGAAAAAGCUAGAAAACUUCAAGAAAAAAGAGGAGGAGAUCAAGCAAUGGCUGGGCAAGGUUUCACCUGAAGAUGUGGAAUAUUUCAACUGCCAACAAGAGUUAGCUUCAGAGUUGAACAAGCAGUAUCAGAUAGUGGAGAGAGUAAUUGCUGUGAAGACCAGCAAGUCCACACCAGGACAUUCAGAUUUCCCAGCAAACAGUCGCAAAACAUCCUCAAAUGACCCUGAGUAUCUGUGUAAGUGGAUGGGGCUGCCCUAUGCUGAGUGCAGCUGGGAAGAUGAGGCUCUGAUAAGCAAGAAAUUUCAGCACUGCAUUGACAGCUUCAACAACCGUAACAACUCCAAAACAAUCCCUACCCGGGACUGCAAGGUAUUGAAGCAGAGACCAAGGUUUGUUGCCUUGAAGAAACAGCCUUCCUACAUUGGUGGGGAGAACCUGGAGCUACGAGAUUACCAACUGGAGGGCCUCAACUGGCUCGCUCACUCAUGGUGCAAGAACAACAGCGUGAUCCUGGCUGAUGAAAUGGGCCUAGGCAAGACGAUUCAGACAAUAUCAUUCCUGUCUUACCUCUUCCAUCAGCACCAGCUGUAUGGUCCUUUCCUGGUGGUGGUGCCCUUGUCCACUCUCACCUCAUGGCAGCGAGAGUUUGAUGUGUGGGCACCUGAGAUAAAUGUGGUGGUUUACAUCGGAGACCUCAUGAGCAGGAACAUGAUACGUGAAUAUGAGUGGAUUCACUCUCAGUCUAAAAGGUUGAAGUUCAAUGCACUUAUCACAACCUAUGAGAUCCUUCUCAAGGAUAAGGCUGUUUUGGGAAGUAUUAACUGGGCCUUCCUAGGCGUGGAUGAAGCCCAUCGGUUGAAAAAUGAUGAUUCUCUGCUGUACAAAACAUUGAUUGAUUUCAAGUCCAACCACAGGCUGCUGAUCACUGGCACCCCACUUCAAAAUUCACUGAAAGAGCUCUGGUCCCUGCUGCAUUUCAUCAUGCCAGAAAAGUUUGAGUUCUGGGAGGAUUUUGAAGAGGAUCAUGGGAAAGGUAGAGAGAAUGGCUACCAGAGCCUUCACAAAGUCUUGGAGCCAUUUCUCCUACGCAGAGUCAAGAAGGAUGUGGAGAAAUCUUUGCCAGCAAAGGUGGAGCAGAUCCUCCGGGUGGAAAUGUCUGCUUUGCAGAAGCAAUAUUACAAGUGGAUUUUGACAAGAAACUACAAAGCUCUUUCAAAGGGAACCAGGGGUAGCACAUCUGGUUUCCUGAACAUUGUGAUGGAGUUGAAGAAGUGCUGCAACCACUGCUACCUUAUCAAACCUCCUGAGGAAAAUGAGAGAGAGAAUGGCCUUGAGACCCUGCAGUCUCUGGUCAGGAGCAGUGGAAAGCUAAUUCUCUUGGACAAGCUGCUGACCAGGCUGCGGGAGAGAGGCAACAGAGUGCUGAUCUUCUCCCAGAUGGUGAGGAUGCUGGACAUCCUGGCAGAGUACCUGACGAUCAAACACUACCCUUUUCAGCGCUUGGACGGCUCGAUCAAAGGCGAGAUCCGGAAGCAGGCCCUGGACCACUUCAACGCUGACGGCUCUGAGGACUUCUGUUUCUUGUUGUCAACACGAGCUGGAGGGCUGGGAAUUAAUUUGGCCUCUGCUGAUACUGUUGUUAUCUUUGACUCGGACUGGAAUCCCCAAAAUGAUCUUCAGGCUCAGGCUCGGGCUCACCGGAUUGGACAAAAGAAACAGGUGAAUAUUUACCGCCUGGUCACAAAGGGUACGGUAGAGGAGGAGAUCAUUGAGAGGGCCAAGAAGAAGAUGGUGCUGGACCAUCUGGUGAUCCAGCGUAUGGACACCACUGGCCGGACUGUUUUGGACAACAACUCUGGACGAUCCAACUCAAAUCCUUUCAACAAAGAGGAGCUGACAGCUAUUCUGAAGUUUGGAGCUGAAGAUCUCUUCAAGGAACUCGAAGGGGAAGAGUCAGAGCCCCAGGAGAUGGACAUUGAUGAGAUUUUGCGUCUGGCUGAAACACGAGAGAAUGAAGUGUCCACCAGUGCCACUGAUGAGCUCCUCUCCCAGUUCAAGGUGGCCAACUUUGCAACCAUGGAGGAGGAAGAGACAGAGCUGGAUGAGCGGUCCCAGAAGGACUGGGACGACAUCAUUCCAGAGGAACAGAGGAAAAAGGUGGAGGAGGAAGAAAGGCAGAAAGAAUUGGAGGAAAUCUACAUGCUGCCUCGAAUCCGGAGUUCAACUAAAAAGGCUCAGACAAAUGACAGUGAAUCAGAUGCAGAAACUAAGAGGAGGCUUCAGAGAUCAUCUGGAUCAGAAAGCGAGACUGAUGAUACCGAUGAUGAGAAGAGACCAAAGCGCAGGGGGCGUCCUCGGAGUGUUAGAAAAGACACUGUGGAAGGAUUUACUGAUGCUGAAAUCAGGAGGUUUAUCAAGGCUUACAAGAAGUUUGGACUCCCUCUUGAACGGCUGGAGUGUAUUGCCCGGGAUGCUGAGCUGGUGGAUAAGUCUGUGGCUGAUCUGAAACGGUUAGGAGAACUCAUUCACAACAGCUGUGUGUCAGCAAUGCAAGAAUAUGAGGAGCAGCUGAAAGAAAAUCCAAGUGAAGGGAAAGGACCUGGAAAAAGAAGAGGUCCUACUAUCAAGAUUUCUGGUGUCCAGGUCAAUGUAAAAUCCAUCAUCCAGCAUGAAGAGGAGUUUGAAAUGCUGCAUAAAUCCAUUCCUACAGACCCAGAGGAAAGGAAGAAGUACCGCCUGACGUGCCGUGUCAAAGCUGCCCAUUUUGAUGUGGACUGGGGAGUAGAGGAGGAUUCUCGCUUGUUAGUGGGAAUUUAUGAGCAUGGUUAUGGAAACUGGGAGCUCAUAAAAACAGAUCCAGAAUUGAAGUUAUCUGAUAAGAUCCUACCUGUUGAGACAGAUAAGAAACCUCAGGGAAAACAGCUCCAGACCCGAGUUGAUUAUCUGCUGAAACUGCUGAAGAAAGAUUUGGAUAAGAAAGAAAACAUGAAAGAUGGGGAAGAGGGCAAGCUAAAGAAGAGGAAACCACGAGUAAAGAAAGAAAACAAGGCUCCCAAAGUCAAAGAUGAGCAUGGGAAUGAACUCUCCUCUCCUCGGCACUCAGACAACCAGUCAGAAGAAGGUGAAGUCAAGGAGGAUGGCUUGGAAAAAAGCCCAGUGAAAAAGAAACAGAAGAAGAAAGAGAACAAAGAGAACAAGGAAAAACAGACAACCAGUAAGAAGGAAAAAGAAAGCGAUAAAGAGAAGAAGAAGGCAAAAGACAAGAAAGAGAAGCCUAAAGGUAGUGAAGCCAAAUCUGGAAGUAAAGGGAAGAGAUCACAAGGUCCCGUCCACAUUACAGCAGGGAGUGAACCAAUCCCCAUUGGAGAAGAUGAGGAUGAUGAUCUGGACCAAGAAACAUUCAGCAUAUGCAAGGAAAGGAUGAGACCAGUCAAAAAAGCACUGAAGCAACUUGAUAAGCCUGAUAAGGGACUGGCGGUUCAAGAGCAGCUGGAGCACACACGCAACUGCCUCCUAAAAAUUGGGGACCGAAUCUCUGAGUGCCUUAAAGCCUACACUGACCAGGAUCAUAUCAAGCUAUGGAGAAGGAACCUAUGGAUAUUUGUGUCAAAAUUCACAGAAUUUGAUGCCAGAAAACUGCACAAACUCUACAAGAUGGCUCAUAAGAAAAGAUCACAGGAAGAGGAGGAGCAGAAGAAAAAAGAGGACAUGUCAAGCAUGAAGAAGCCAUUCCGCCCAGAGCCUUCAGGCUCCAGCCGUGAUUCUGUGAUGUCCCAGUCUCAUGUGCCUCACAAUCCUCAUUCCCAGAAGAUCCACUUGCCCCCUUCUCAUGCCCAACAGCAGAUGCACGGGCACCCGCGUGACAACUAUGGCCAUCCAAACAAGAGACAUUUCAGCAACACAGACCGAGGAGAAUGGCAGAGGGAUCGAAAAUUCAACUACGGUGGCAACAGCAACCAGAUGUGGGGCGGGGAGCGGCACCACCAGUAUGAGCAGCACUGGUACAAGGACCACCACUACGGGGACCGGCGGUCUCGUGGAGAGCCCCACCGGAGCUCUGGGAACUACAGACCAAAUAACCUUUCCCGCAAGAGGCCAUACGAACAGUACAACAGUGACCGAGACCACAGAGGCCACCGAGAUUAUUAUGACAGGCACCACCACGAUUCCAAGCGUCGACGAUCUGAUGAGUUCAGACCUCAGAACUACCACCAGCAGGAUUUCCGACGGAUGUCUGAUCACAGGCCACCCAUGGGAUACCAUGGCCAAGGACCUUCAGACCACUACAGAUCCUUCCACACAGACAAAUCGGGAGAUUACAAACAGCCUCUCCCUCCACCUCACCCUGCAGUGUCGGACCCUCGCUCACCCCCCUCUCAGAAAUCCCCCCACGAUUCUAAGUCACCUCUUGAUCACAGGUCACCUCUGGAUAGGUCGUUAGAACAGAAGAACAAUCCAGAUUAUAACUGGAACAUUCGUAAAGCAUAAAGGGACUGAGAGGGGGAAAAGCUCAUGACUGAAAUACUUGGUUUGAUGCAACAGUGGCUGGUUUCUCCAAGCCAGCAACCAGAAACACUGAACAUGCUGCUAUCAUCUUUCUGGGUCAAGGAGGAUGUUGGAGGAGAAGGUGGAGGAAGAUUUUCCCUAGUUCUUCAUUCUUGUUUGGAUUCCUGUUUCCUUUUCCCUGUUCUGUCAAUGAACUCUGGAACCAGCCUUGCUACCUUGUUCUUUGUUUUAUUUUUGUCCUUGUUUUCUCCAGUUUGAUGGACCCAAGGGAAAUUUCCCCAACCAGUGUUUCCCCAAACUGAGAAGGCGGAUCGAUGCUGCUUAGGAUUGUGCAGAAGGCUGUGUGCCUGCUCUGACUUGAUGUUACGUGACAGAUGCUGCUUUGGGAUUGGGGGUAAACUGGUUAGGCUGGGCUUUGUGUGUAGCCAGCAUAGGGCAAUGAGAGGAUAUAUUCAAGGAGGGAUAGGAGAGUCCCUCAGCAGCCAGACUUGGUUGAAAGAGGGACUUGAUGUCCCUGCAGAGUGACUCCAAAGCAGUUGGAGUUACGCUGGUGACAAGCCAUCGCUUUCCUGGCCACGUUAUCAUUUCCAUGUCUUUAUCCAUUUCAAAAAGCUGGCUCUGCUUUGAUUGCUGUUGUGUCCCUGCAACAGAAAAGGUGUGUGGGAUCUUCCAUCUCCAGGGCUGGAACUGGCAAAUUUUUACUCCAGGGGACUUAGUUCACUUCUAACCAAUAGGAAAGAAAUUGGAGUGAGAACAGUAUUUCCCAGUGGACAGAGCUCAGGAAUCUGUAAGAAAACUCCCUUCUUCUUCUAAGAUGGGCAGCUUGGAUGGUCCAGGAACUAACAGAUGCUGUGUGAGAGCUGGAUGGUCAAAAGGCAGCUCUGGAUGUCUGGGGAUCCUGAAGCUCCUAAUCUCCCUGCUACUGAAGUGCUCCAGUCUUUGGGCACGUCAUUUCUCUCUGUGCUUCCCAAACAGGGAUCACAAGCCUUUACUGCAACCAAAGGAUAAGGGAUGGUAGAGCAGACUAAAAUAGGAAACCAGUGGACUGAUGCAACUGGUCAUCUUCCUGCCACCAUUCCAGCAGUCAGCAGUAACUGAAUUGCUCAAUGUACCUGAACUGAAUGACCUUCUGUCUGUCUAAAUUGGAGAUGUGCCUGGGGGCUUAGCACCUAAGUGAGCAGGGGGAGAAUGAGGAAUUAAGGACUGGGUCCUUAAAAAUCCUUGGAGCAAAUGUCUUAAGAGCCCAGCAUGGUAGAGUGAAAAGAGGAGUCUGCAGCCCAGCUCAGUGGACUUCAGAGCAAACACUCUUCCAAGCAUUUGAGCCACGGUGUAUGAUGCAGAACAGUGUCCAGCCUGGAGACUGUGGCAUAGUGAGAGGGGUUGCACAGAGCACAUUGCUGGCCAGAAGUAGCUUGGGUGAUUGUUUUUCAGGUUCUAUGUCUUUGUUCAUGGAGUCAUAUCCCCGGAGACCUCAAAGCUCUCCCAGCAGCCCAGAGUGUGGUGUCUGGAUAUGUGUCAUCUCCCAGAGCUCAGUAUGAAAGAACAGGCUGUUCCAGCCUCCUCUUCAUGGUGGGGGACAGAAGCUGGACCUCCUGUUAAGAUGCCAGUAUCUAUCCCUAAUAAGCUGUGAUGUCCUUUCCCUGAAAGACUGAGGUGUUCAGGGCUGGCUUCCUGACUCCAGCCAGUGCCUUUGAAGGCACAUGCAAACUGACACUAAUACCCCAUGUCACACAGAAUCACAGAGUGGUGGGAGUUGGAAGGGACCUCUGAAGAUUGUCUAGUCCAUCCUCCCUGCUAGAGCAGGACCACCUGCAGUAGAUCCCACAGGAACACGUCCAGAUGAGUUUUGAAUGUCUCCAGAGGAGUAGACUCCACAACCUCUCUGGGCAGCCUGUUCCAGUGUUAUCUUACCCUCACAGUAAAGAAGUUUUUCCUUAUGUUUACCUUGAACCUCCUAUGCUCCAGCCUGUGCCCAUUGCCCCUUGUCCUGUCAUUGGGCACUCCUGUUAAGAGACUGGACCCAUCCUCCUGAUACCCCCCUUUAGAUAUUUAUAAGCCUUUAUGAGAUCCCCCCUCAGUCUCCUCUUCUCCAGGCUAAACAGUCGCAGCUCUCUCAGUCUUUCCUGUAAGGACAGAUGCUCCAUUCCUCUAAUCAUCUUUGUGCCCCUGUGCUGGACUCUCUCCUGUAGUACCUUAUCCUUUAAGAACUGGGGAGCCCAAAAUUGGAUGCAGUAUUCCAGAUGUAGCCUCACCAGGGCAGAGCAGAGUGGGAGGGUGACCUCCUUUGACCUACUGGCCAGAUGCUUCUUAAGGCACCCCAGGAUGCCAUUGGCCUUCUUGGCUGCAAGUGCAUAUUGUUGGCUUAUGGUCAGCCUGUUGUCCACUAAUACCUCGAGGUCCUUCUCCCCAGAGCUGAUCUCUAGCAAGUCAUCCCCCAGCCUGUACUGAUACAUGGGGUUGUUUCUCCCCAGAUGCAGUACUUUACACUUGCCCUUGUUGCAUUUCUUUUAAGUUUCUCCGUGCCCAACUCUCCAGCCUGUCCAGGUCACACUGAAUGGCAGUGCAGCCUUCUGGUGUGUCAGCCACCCCUCCCAGUUUUGUGUCAUCAGCAAACUUGCUAAUGGUGGACUCCAUCCCUUCAUCCAGGUCAUUGAUAAAUAUACUGAAUAGGGCUGGACCCAGUACUGACCUCUGGGGGAUGCCACUAGACACAGGUCUCCAACUAGACUCUUCCCCACUGACUACAACUCUCUGAGCUCUGUCCUUCAGCCAGUUCUCAGUCCUUGUCACUGCCUUGUCAUCCAAUCCACACUUCUUGUGUUUGGCUGUGAGGAUGCUGUGGGAGAUGGUGUCAAAAGCCUUGAAGUCAAGGUAGAGCACAUCCUCUACUCUCUCCUCAUCUGUUCAUCCAGUUACACCAUCAUAGGCUAUCGGAUUAGUCAGGUGUGACUUGCCCUUGAUGAAUCCACGCUGACAACUCCUGAUGACCCUCUUUUCCUCCAACAAGCUUUGAGAUGGUGCAGAGAACAAGCUGUUCCAUCACCUUUCCAGGGAUGGAGGUGAGGCUGAUCGGUCUGUAGUUCCCUGAGUCCUCUUUCUUGCCCCUUUUGAAGACUGGAGUGACAUUGGCUUCCCUCCAGUCCUCAGGCACCUCUCCUGUUCUCCAGAAGUUUUCAAAGAUGAUGGAGAGCGGCCAAGCAAUUACUUCCACCACCUCUCUCAGUGCUUGUGGGUGCUUCCCAUUGGGGCCCAUGGAUUUGUGGAUGUCCAGUUUAACUUAACUGAUCUCUAACCCAGUCCUCUUCGACCGAGGCAGAGUCUUCCUUUCUCCUGACUUCCUCUGUGGUCUCAAAGGUCUGGCACUCCUGAGGGCUGGCCUGAGCAGUAAGGACCGAGGCAAAGAUGACAUUCAUUAACUCUGCCUUCUCUGGCUCCUCUGUCACCAGGGCACCCACUUCAUUCAGCAGCAGGCCUACAUUUCCUCUAGUCUUCCUUUUGCCUCCACUGUACUUAAAUAAGCCUUUCUUGUUGUCCUUGACUUCUCUUGCCAGGUUUAAUUCUAAGGAGGACUUAGCUUUUCUCAUUCUCCCAAGUGGUCAGCCCCCUCUUCUAUGAUCUAGAAACUUCUUUCUUCCACUUGAGUUUGUUCAGUAGCUUCCUGUUCAACCAUACAAGUCUUCUGUCUCUCUUACUUGAUUUCUUACACUUUGGAAUGCUCCAAUCUUGAGCUUGAAGGAAAUGGUGCUUGAAUAUUAACCAACUCUCUUGGGCCCCCCUUCCUUCUAGUACCCUAUCCCAUUGGAUUUCACCAAGCAGGUCACUUACUCCUGUCUGAGCCCAGUGCCCUAAUGGGACAUGUGGGAAGUGUUGUGCUCUCCUUUUUAUUUUUGCAAGAUUUCCACCACAUGCAGGGCAGUUUGGCUUCCUUAGGGGCACUGCACUGCCCCAAGAAAGUGUUACACUUGUGUUUACCUGUGCAGGAGGAGGUGAAGGCCAAGUCUUCCAUGGUCCCCCUUGGAGCUGCCGGGUGAUGGGGAGGUGUUGAGGUAGCAUGUUUCUGCUGUGUUUCUCACUAAGCUGUGAUUGCAGGUGUGCUUGCUGUGGUAUUCAACAAAGAGGUCCUUUCUUUUCAAAGGUAUUAGCUUUUAAUUUGAAAAUGGAAGAAACCUCAGAGGGGCAAAGAGAAUUGCUCUUUCAGUUCACCAAGCGGUGCUAUCAUGAUGGAAAGUUUGUGCCAUACACUUGUAGCCGAAGGCAGUACUGGCCAGACCAGUAUUAGAGUUGGUGCAGGAAAACCUUGAACCCCAGCAAGAGGCUUUUUCUGUGUCCAGAUGGGGGUGUGUGGGAUGUGUGUGUGUGUUUCUGCUCGUCCCGGGUUCCAGGUAUGACGUUGGUUGGGGUUUCCUUCUUGUGCAACAGCAAAAGCUUUGCCCAUAUUCAUGGAAGAGCUGUCCCCACUGUCACUUUAGCCUGAUACUGAGGUCCCAUAGUUCUGUUCACUCAUGGUGGGUGGAUCUUCACUGGCUUUGGCUUUAAUGAAGCUGGAGAACUACAUUUGGGAAAGUCCUCCCCAAGCACACACACACACAUGAUUUUUUUUUGUCCUCUCAACAGGGACCAUAACCAGAUUCAGUCACUUGGAUGUGAGUGGGAUCAGAGGGGACAGGUCCACAGCCAUAAACUUCACUGCAGUGUUUGUGUUAACAUCUGGUGGUACAGCUCUUCCUUCUGAACCAGCUACAGGAUUCCCUCUAGCCUCUUUGCAGGAAAAAGUAGCAACUUGCUGGGUUUUUAUUUUUUUAAAAAAGAGUUUUUCAGCCUGACCCCUUUGGAAAUGGUGUAAAGCUGUGAAUUCACAUGAUUAAAGUCCUGCAGACCAAAACCUGCUGUGGACAGGGGUGAGAUGCCCAACUGAACAGUGCUCUGACAUCCUUAUGUGAACAGUUUAAGUGAUCCACACAAAAAUACUAUUCUGCUUUCACCUGUUUCCUCCUGACCUCCAUCUCCCCUCUGGGGAGAGAACUCCUCUUACUGUAAAAAUGUGGACUUUUAAACCUGUUGACUAAAACCAGUAAUUAAUAUUAAUUUAUAUUUGUGAAAAAAUGCCACUGUCCUAGUGAUUUCUGAUGUAAAUAUGUUGUUUAUAUAGUAUGUAUUAAAUUUUCCUACAUUGUAAAACUGCUGUACUUUUGAUUCUUGUAUAUUAAAAAGUGUUACUGAGAUUUUUCAGAA